GCUAACGUUAGCUAGCUACUUUAAAACAAAUGUUACAUUUACAUUCCCUGUUUUAAAGUUGGAUUUUAACUAUAAUAGGUCAGUAGAUGCAUAGGCAGUUAACUACAUCAUAAUCAUGUUGAUGUCAACAACUUCUUAGACAUACAGUAGAUAACGUUUGCUUAACGUUACACUGAUAAAUGGCAGCUAAUUAAGAGGUCGCUAACGUUGCAUUUACGUUAUGGCUGGUUAAAAUACUUUGUCCGUGACAAUUUGUUAUUAUACUUGUUUUCUGUCACAGUUGUAUUCGGGGUGUAUACUUUCACAUACCCUGUCCAACCAGCUGUGUUUUUAAAAGGCUGUAAAUGAUUGACGUGUAAUUUGUGCUAGACGAUAAUAUAUAUGGGCGUGGUUUACUAAACAAACAGCCAAUGACAAUGGAUUAUGUGUAGUCAGUUGAGUACGUUUCGUUGUGGGAUCAUUCUGCGUAUGAUGUCGGACGUAAUCUGCUGGUGUAGAGACGAAGAAAGAGAGGAGUAGGAGAGAGGGGGAAAUUUCUUGAGGAGGGACAUGGCCCAGGAGACCAACCAGAACCAAGGGCCACUGCUCUGCACCACUGGCUGCGGUUUCUACAGCAACCCGCGAAACAAUGGCAUGUGUUCGAUGUGCUACAAGGACUUCCUCCAGAGACAAAACAACAAUGGACGAGUCAGUCCACCAGUGUCGUCCUCUGCGGCGGUUAGCAGCCUGGGGGAGUCCCUCCUCGCCCAGUGCUCAGAGAGCAGUACUGUAGACGUGCCAUCAGCCACGACCCACACAGACACCAGGAUGAACAGGUACAGUAGGGUUGUAUCUAGCCAGUCACUCUUAACGACAGCACCAGCUACUCAUUCAGAAGAGGAGAGGACAGCCACAUCUGAAGAACACCUGAAAACAGAAGAGGUACAAGUGUCUGUAUCGGUAUCCGAGGACACGGACCAGGCCUCGGUAGACGGACAGGACAAACCCUCGGACUCAGACCAACCCAAAGCCGCCAAGAAGAAUCGCUGCUUCUCCUGCCGUAAGAAAGUCGGCCUCACGGGCUUCGACUGCCGAUGCGGCAACGUGUUCUGCAGCCUGCACCGGUACUCAGACGUUCACAACUGCACUUUCAACUACAAGGCCCAAGCAGCGGAGAAGAUCAGGAAGGCGAACCCUGUCUGCGUCGGGGAGAAGAUACAGAAGAUCUGAAAACAGAUUUGCUGAGAAUCGAUGUCCACCCGGAAGCCUGCGCUUUUAGAUGAACCAUCAACCACCUCUUCCUUUCUCCGUUUCCUCUUUUGAUUUGAAGUUGUUUAUGUGAGCAACGCUCCAUUCCUAUCGGACACUUUAAAAUCAUGCAUGUCAGCUGCAAAAACUGUCUUUGUAAAUGUAUUUUUACUUAACCUGUUUCCUUUUGUAGUUUUAAUUCUUUUAUCCCUUAAAUGUUGUGGUUUAUGAAAAAUCUGAAGAUUUAAACCGUUACAAUAUUUAGAUUGAUUAAUUGGGCUUUAAUUACUUUGUUGGCUACUACUGGAAAGGCUGUGUUUUUCUGGUGUUAAAAAAAAUUACAAAAAACAAGCAUGUUAAAAAGCAUCAAGGAUCUUUCCAUUCCUCCUUUUGGACUGUAUGUAGCCUGACACAGACCACGGAACAGAUUGUGUUUGACAUUAUCAGCGAGAGAGCAGAAACCAGGAGUGUGCCGUUGCUCCCAGACCUUUUUGUAUAAUUGAGUCAUUUUAAAGACUGUGUGAUCUGCUGUGUAAAAGAGUUGAUGUUUAUCAUAUGAUUAUGAAUAGCCUGUAUGCAUGUUUCCGGUUGUGCGUUUUGAGGAUUAUAAAGUUCAUUUAUGGGUGCACAGGAGUAUGACCUGAAUCUAUUGUUCUGUAUUUAUGUUAGUUUAUUCACUGUCUUAACUUUGAUCUGAAUAAAGCUCUAACACAUUUUUGAAAAUUUGAAA